UGCAUGAAUCUCUCACUUCACCUACGAUGACUGUUGCGCAAACCGUCAGACCGUCCUACUGUACCUGAAUUGGCCCUAUAUCGCCCUCAAUUGCGCGGUUCCUGGCUACUUUUCAGCACGUGGCCACCACCUGCAGCCCCCCGAGUUGCAUUCCCUCUCAUCGCUUCACCAACCACCCAACCACACCGCAACGUCCCUCCGGCAAGCGCAACUGCCAUGACGGUUCGAUGACAUGUGCAGCAUCGCCAGGCAUCGCAUACCCCGUCUUCCCUGGACUAAGCGAUGUCCCUCACUCCAUCUAACCCCCGGAUGAUGAGCCCUUGGGGCGGCAGCGUCAAGCUCACCCCGUCCAAUUCGCCGUUCGUGAAGACCACCCCGCUGCGGUCACCUAUCAAGCCCAGCCGCGCCGAAGUGAACCUCUCGCUCAAGCAGGUCAUUGGGACUACUGCUAGUUCGGCCAAUGCCUUCGACAGCCUCCCCUCGGGCAGAUGCUUUGGCUUCACCGCCGGAGCUGCUGCCGUCAUUGCGACGGUCGACGCCCACCAGCAGCUCACCCAGCGAUUCUACCGCGCCCGCCCCACCACCAACCCCCUCAACCCCUCAUCUUCCGUCUACGGUGGCCCUUCAACCCCGACCCAAAACGAAAGUCGGAACCGAACUGCUGCCUCACUGCGCGAUGCUGGCAUAGGUGCCUCGUCGCUCGCCUCCCCCGCGAACGACUGGGCGGAUUCUCCCGGAUGCAGGACCUGGACCGCCCGGGAAAGGAUCAAAGCUGCAACUUGUGUAUCAUUCAGUCCAGAUGGGAAAUUUCUGGCUAUAGGAGAGACGGGAUAUAAGCCGCGUGUGCUGAUAUUCUCCACCGCCUCCGAUGCUCCGUCCGACACUCCUCUCACCUCUCUAUCCGACCACACUUUCGGCGUCCGAUGCGUCGCUUUUAGCCCCGACUCGCAAUAUCUGGCUAGCUUGGGUUCUUCCAAUGAUGGCUUCUUAUACAUAUGGAACAUCAAUUCCCGGACCGGGGCUGCAACACUACAUUCCAGCAACAAAUGUACUAGUAACAUCAAUAGAAUGGCUUGGAUGGGGUCAAGUCUGAUCACUGUCGGCACGAGACAUGUCAAGGUUUGGCGGGUGGAAGAUCCAAAUUCUACACCUCGAAUGUCAAGACCAAGACAGAGUGAUGUCUCCUUCCUCCUCUCGAGUAGCACGCAUAAAACACUACCAGGCAGAAACUGUCUCCUGGAAUCCCUCCUUGAAGCAAACUUCACGAGCGUCGUUGCGGUUGCCCCAUCUAAGUCCAUUGUCGCCUCUGACAAAGGAGAUAUAUGCCUCAUUGACGAUACUGAAGGAUCUCAGCGCUUCACCAAGGUCGCCGAGGCCGGAUUUUCAGUGUCAUCCAUGGCCGUGGAUUCAAAAGGACGACUGCACUUGGCUAGCAGCCAGGGAGGCCUGAAAACUCUGGCCAUUAAAGAGAUGAUUGGAGUACUAACACCGCCUCCUUCGCCGCCACCUCGAGUUCAAUCACCAGUGGUGUCUUUAACAACCAAUUCCAUCCAAGUCGAAGCCAUUACGCCGCUCAUUGAUCAUCUCGUCACCGUAGAUUCGCAGCGUUCGAUUCGCUUAUCACAUUUAUGCUCCGCUGACGACGAAUCCCUAGUUGGUGAUGUUGUCCAGAAGCUACCGGCCCACGGUGAUUCCGUGCUGGGUGUGGCUGCGCUCACCCAGCCAAACGCCAUCGAUGCCUCAUUUUACACCUGGUCCGCAGGAGGAUCAGUCCUUUUCUGGAGCCAGGAGGGUGUCUGCAAGGAUUCUUUGCAAAUCACUCUUGAACAAAUUGAAGGCUCUGAGGCCGAUCUAAAUGAGCUGAAAACCGUGAGAGUAUCAGUUGGUGCGAGCUAUAUUGUGACUGGUGACAAGUACGGUGUUCUCAGGAUAAUUGACUGCAAGACCAAGUCGAGCUUAUUUGACUUCAAAGCCCACGCUAGUGACAUUACCGAGAUUGCUAUCUUCGAGGAGAAGACGCCAGCGUAUAUUGCUUCUGCGGCGAGAGAUCGCACGGUACAGGUUUUUACGAAGAAAGGCCACGUAUGGGAAUUAAUGCAGACCCUUGACGAACAUGUGGGUGCUGUUACCGGAAUUCUCUUCUCUAGGAAUGGAAGCAGACUUGUGUCCUGUUCCUCCGAUCGCACCUUGGUCGUCCGCGAGUUAGUCUCACGCGAAGAGGCAGGUCAAAUCAUAAGUGCGUUCCUGAUACUGCGGACUAUCAUCUUAAAAACGACUCCAGUCUCAAUGACAUGGGAUGCCGACCAGGACGACAUUCUUUUAGUAUCGACGAUUGACCGACAGGUUCACAAGUAUGACCUGCGAAAUGGCCAAUCCCUCAGCACUUUCCGUGCCGCAGACACUGAAGGAGGUGAUGCCGUGGUCUUGUCAUCUCUAGUUCAUAUCCAACGUCCUCAAGGCCCGCCUUUGAUCGCUGGUGUCUCAAGUACAGACAAGUCCAUCCGCCUGUACGAAGAAGGGGGCACUCUCGUUGCGCGCGAUUGGGGCCAUACUGAGGGUGUCACCGCAAUUGCUCUGGUAAAGCCACAAGAUUCCGAUGAUGAUGAUGAUGACGGACAGAGGUCAUUAGUCACAGUUGCGGUAGAUGGUACUAUUUUUAUCUGGAGCCUGGAGAUGAAAUUCCCUUACCGGCAUGAUUUAUCGAAGUCAGUAGAUCUCUUGGGCCCGAUUACUCCCACAAACUACGACCUCCUAGCGAGUAAGCCGCCGUUGCGACGAGUUUUCUCUCAGUCAGAGCUCGCCCGUUUCCAAAGAUCUCCUGAUGAUGACAAUCAAACACCUACUGGAAGCAGAUCACCAAAGUUGCGGAAAAGGCUCUCCAAAUUCUCGCUGGCUCAAGCUCCAAAGCUUGAUCCCUCGCCUAUGCCGAGCAUCCCACGGGAGCUCCGUGCAUCUGGACACGGAUCGCUGCGCAAAUCAUACAGGAACCGAUCCCCUUCUCCGCCCAGUCCACGCAACAACACUAUCCUCGCGAAGAAGCGCUCGAUGGUAGACGUCCGAACUCGUAAUAAACCACCUGUAAACGAGUUUGGGAGUCUUGGGGCAUCCACCGAGAGUCUUUGUCGAACCCUUCGUGCAUACAGGAAAAGACUCGCGAACAGCAAUGAUGAUCUCAGCUCUGAGCUUGUGAAAGAGGUUGAACGCGAACUUGCACAAACGGCAAGGGCGGUGGGAGAGAAGGCCAAGUCAAGAAGCGUGGAUGAGACAGUCAUGGUGAAGCUUUUGGACCAGUACUCAGAAAGACUUGUGAGCAUGUUAGAUGAGAAGAUCGCUGCUAGUGUAGCAAUGAGAGUCCGAGAGAGUAGCAUGUCAGAAGGGCCUGCAUCACCAGCGUUGGAGCGAGAAGGAGACAGAGGGACCGAGGAUUCUACCAUCAGCAAUACAGACUCAGCGGAAACACGCACAACGGAGUCGCUGAACGAGAAAUGAGGACGAGCUUGGAGUAAUCGAUAAUCCGGACGGACGCCGGAAGAAUUUAUGGAUAUUGGAAUAUGGGGCGACCCACGGCGUGUACAGUGAUGGUGUUGUGUACUCCACGGAGACACGGGAACUAUUUUCAUUACGACUGAAUACCGGCGUCUGGGAUUGCUUUCGGUUAGCACAACAUUUGUUUUGGGAGGACCUCACAGUUCUGGCGUUAAGGAACCUUUGUAUUCCUCGGGUGGAGGUUGGGAUUCUUUACCUGCCUGAUACCUUUAUGUUAUCGUGUCGCCUUAGAAGAUGCCUCUUCCUCUUCCUUCUUCUUCUUCUUCUACUUCUUCUUCUUCUUCGCUCCAGUACUAGAGUCAAUUCAUG